CAUAAAGCAUUCAGCCUUUUACCUGCUUUAGUCUUUGAAGUUCUCAGCAAUGGCGAUCACCAUUGUUGACCAUGAAGUUCCCUCAGAUUCCCACAAUUACUUCGACAUAACCUUCGACACUGACGAGCCAAUUCUCACUCUUCUCACCACUUCACCAUCCAUGGUAGACGGUUGGAUUUCACAAACCCUCGCCAUUCAAACUCCACCUCUCCUCGUCGGCCUCGACAUCGAAUGGCGCCCUAACAAUCGCUCCUACGACAAUCCUGUUGCCACCUUACAACUCUGCAUCGGCCGCCGCUGCCUGAUCUUGCAAUUGCUUCACAUGCCAGAGAUCCCUAAAUCUCUGUUCGAGUUUUUGGAAAACGAAUCAUUCACAUUCGUAGGAGUGGGAAUCGACGAAGAUGCGGAAAAGCUAAACUGUGACUACGGAUUGAAAGUGGGGAAGAGAAUGGAUCUGAGGGAUUUGGCUGAGAGUGUAACGGGAAGAGGAGAAUUGAAAAAUGCGGGGUUGAAGAGAUUGGGGAAAGAAGUGUUGGGGAAAGAGAUUCAUAAACCGAAGAGUGUGACGAUGAGUAGAUGGGAUCAAGAAUGGCUUACGCUUAAUCAGGUGAAGUAUGCUUGUAUUGAUGCGUUUUUCUCGUUUGAGAUUGGAAAGUUUUUGCAAUCUGCAUCCUAUUGAAAGGGGAAUUUGGGGAUUUUUCUUUCUUCUUUUUUUAAGGUUUAAGGGUUAUUUGUUUGUUUUGGCUGCUUGAUGGAUGUGUUCUUAGCUUGGCUAUGGUGUUUUUCUUUGCAAAUCAAAACUUCGUGGAAAUUUGGAUGGAUUGGAUGAUAAUUUGCUCUUUACUUUACCAAACUUGGAUCUCAAUUUUAGAAUUUACUGUGGUGGAGAUCAAAUGGUUUGUGAUUA